AUGUCGAAUAUUGAACUCAAGGACCGUGCGCCAUCGUACAGCGGAUCAUCGCGGUCGCGAGGCAAAGCUGUGGAUCAUGGAGAGCAGGAUGUGGGCUAUGGGCCGAAUGACGCAGGCGGCGCAGGUUUCUCGUGUCUUACUCCUUCUCCGGUCGCGAUUCUCAACUUCUUCAGCUCACAUCACAGGCUCGGCCGUCAAGCAACCUCAUCUCAUCAAGGUACAGCCCUUGAAGCGGGAGGAAAUGCAGGUGUGAUUCAGAUCUCUGGGGCUCUUUGCCUGCUUACCAACGGUUACUCUCAGCCUUCGUAUGCCCAAGAUCUUGGAACUGGAGAGGUUGUUCACGGCGCGUACGGAUCUUUCUUGCAAGCAGUCGGCACCAUUUUUGGUAUCUGUGGGAUGGUCCCCUGCUGUCCCGUUUCGAACCCUUUCCGCUCAGUGGAACAAGGAUCUGUUGGUCUUGUCUCCCGCUUCGGCCAAUUCUACAAAUCUGUGGAUCCCGGCUUGGUGCAAGUGAAUAUCUGCACUGAGUCUCUCAAGAUAGUCGAUGUCAAGAUUCAGAUCAUUCCUAUCGGCCGUCAGAGUGUGAUUACUCGCGACAAUGUCAACGUGGAGAUCGACUCGGUUAUCUACUACCAGAUCAACAACCCGUAUCGGUCUGCUUUUGGGAUCACGGACUUACGCAAAGCCUUGGUAGAGCGGGCCCAGACUACACUGCGGCAGGUUGUUGGGGCUCGCGCGGUUCAGUCGGUCGUAACCGAACGAGACCAGAUCGCUUUCGAGAUUGGCGAAAUAGUGGCGGACGUCGCAGACAAUUGGGGAGUUGCCAUCGAGGGCAUUCUGAUCAAGGAUAUCAUCUUCGGAGCAGACGUCGCCGCGAGCUUGAGCAGUGCGGCGCAGCAGAAGCGCUUGGGCGAGAGCAAAGUCAUCGCAGCCCGGGCCGAGGUUGAAGCAGCGAAACUAAUGAGACAGGCGGCGGAUAUUCUGGCCAGUCCCGCUGCGAUGCAGAUCCGGCAGCUCGAAGCAUUGCAAGCCAUGGCGAAAACAGCCCAGAGCAAGACUAUUUUCGUUCCCAUGCAGCUUCAGUCCGACAUCGGCCCUCAGCUGACUGCUGUGGAGGGACCCGCUGCUCGUAGCGACGCUGGUGGGGAGGUCGCCUGACGAUGCGGCGACCGAGUUUCAGACUGCGGGAGAUCAUUUUAUCACAACUAGUUCAUGUUCUUAGCCAUUUUUUCUUACGCUACCCUUGUGUGCCUGAUUCGGCGAUUUUCCGCUUACCAUUGUCGACGUUCUGUCAGAACCUACUACAUAAUUUGCUUCCGGUUCAACUUGAACUUAUUUUAACGAGUCUGUGCGGAUCAACAUGAUCUUCGACUUUUGCUCGGAUC